AUAAUAAUUACUGAAACAUGGGGGAAAAACUAGAAUUAAAAUAUAAACCUUAUCCGUAUGCCAGUCUAUUUUGUGUUUCACUGACAUACAUUGGAUCAGUGCCAAUUUGGAUCGGUGCCAACCUGGACUGUUUCUGCUCUGCAGGCGACACUUUCAGAUUUCAGAAAAAGUUCGAUUCUCUUCACAAGUGCACGAAUGAAUUGAACAAUGGACACCAUGAAUGGAAUGGAGACUGACGACUUAGAACCAAGUGAAUGUCUCGCUGAAGUAAAGAGAUCUAGAGGAAGACGGCUUGGUUGGCGAAAAAGAGCGGAGCAAGUGCCUCUUCUUAGGCGCAGGAAAAAGAGCUCUAUCAUGCCGAUCGAUAUAAUAGCCCAAUUCCUGUGCUGUAUUCGUUGCUGUUUGGCUGACAUUCCUGCUGCAGUCCUGCUGAAGGCUCGUAGUAUUUACAGGGCAAAGAACAUGAACGAGCGCUCUAGAUGGGUUUUUGAGUGGAUCGAAGGGCAUACCUUGAACAACAAGACAUCAUUCCUCAUAGGAGGAAAAGCUGUGUGCUUAAAGGCAUGGUCUGUCUGUCUGGGGUGCCCAGCUAGCACAUACUACCAAAUUAAAACAAAAUUCCUUGCCGGUGUUACACACAUAAAUGGUCCGGGAAAUGUACAGGGAAAGCUUUCCAUGGCAAGCAACAGUGCAAUUAGUUGGUUGAUCAGCUUCUCAAAAAGUCAUGGUGACAAGAUGCCAAACACAUACAAGAUCCAUCUGCCAUCAUGUAUGCAAAAACGAGCAGUUUACAGUUUAUACAAGGAAGAAAUGGAUCAGCAGGAUACUAUCUCUCACACACAUUUCUUUCGUCUGUGGAAGAGAUUUGUCCCUAACGUCAUCAUCCCGAAGAGGUCAAGAUUCACGGUUUGUGACACAUGCCAUGAUAUAAAGUCUAAACUGGAAAAGACUACCAACAAAAUGGAGAGGAAGGAAUUACACCAAAGAAGAGAAAAGCAUCUACGACAACAAAAUGCGGAACGCUCAAAAUACUAUAAGCAUAUUAGAAAGGCAAAGUCCCAGCCGGACCAGUACCUCAGCAUUAUACUGGAUGGUAUGGACCAGGAAAAAACAAGACUGCCGCAUUUGCCAACUACACCAAAGUCAUUGUCCAAUGCCUGGAAAGUCCAGUUCAAUCUCAUGGGUGCCAUUGCCCAUGGGAUAGGCAUAUAUGGAUUCUUUGAUCCGUUCCAGUGGUCACAUGGUGGAAACUACACAAUUUCAAUACUCUUUAGCAUUUUUGGCAUGCUGGACUCCUUACCUGAAGUGUUAUACCUACAGCUGGACAAUUGCCCAGGAGCAAACAAAAACAGAUUUGUCAUCGGAUUCCUUGCCCUUCUGGUUCAGGCAGGAAUAUUCAAAAAAAUUAAACUUUCGUUCCUCAUGGUUGGACAUACCCAUGAAGAUAUUGAUCAGUUGUUCUCAAGGUUUUCAACCAAUGUGCGAGAUAAAAUGAUCAUGACACUGGAUAGCUUGAUGCAGUGUUUUGAAAGAUGCUACAGGCCGACACCUACAGGAGAUCACUUCAGAAGUUUAUGGGGGCCUUAUGCUGGAUGGGCUCACAGUGUACUCUUUACUGCUGACCUCCGCCAGUUCCAAGAACCUGGAUCAAAGAAGCCAAUGGUACCAUCACCUGGUAAAAGAAGACAGACAAUGAAAAUGGACAAGCAACCAGUCAAAAGAUCACACUAUGAAGAAACAGACAAGAAACCAGUCACAAAGAAAUCAAAGAAAGGAAAGAAAAAAUCAAACGCAUGAAAAUAAAACAAAAACAUAUGUACUUUCUUAAAUGUAACUGUUUGAUUAUCAGACAAAUUUCCUAAUAAAAUUGAAAAUGAUGAUGGAUUCAGAAAUAAUCAAAGUGUAUUUGAAACAUUCAUUCCAAAUAUUGGCAUGGCAAUAGCACAUUAAUGUUUAUUUCAACAACUUCUGUGUGAUAUAUUUAACAAUUAGUCGAGACAUAAUGAAUGACAGGAAGAAUAAGUUCAAACCAUGAAUUAUUUUUGUACAUUCAUAGCAUCCAUAUUAUGAUGUUUUGACUCCAAAAAGAAUAUCAAACAGAUGCAUUUUCCAUGAUUUUAAACACAAAGUUCAAUUAAGGAAUGAAUUGCGGGGCUGAUGUCAUUAUCGGGGUAUGAACGCAGUUGGGCUGGUCAAAGUGUGUGGAGUCCGCGCGUACUUUGACCAGCCCAAUUGCGUUCAUAUCCCCGAUAAUGACAUCAGCCCCGCAAUUCAUUACUUAUAUUUACACCAAAAGUGCAUUAUUUUAUUCAAUAAUUGUUAAAAAAAACUUCAUUUCAUUUAAGAAAACCUUUCAGUAAUCCGUCCUUACCCAUUCUGUAAAUAGAACGACCCGAUUGUAACCGGAAACAAUUUUUUCAAAUGACGUCACAAUAACGCGGGAAAAGAUCAACCACUUGAAAUCACUUUUAAAAGUAAAAUUGAAAUACUUAUGGUAACAACACAUUUAAAAUAUAAUAAGUUAACACUUUCUAAAAUGUUGAUUUAUAUUUUACGGGACCUGCUGACAAAAUAUAAACAAUAACAAGAUCAAUAGUUUCAAUGUAUAUUGUUAUGCGAGGAAUUGCGAUCCGAAGAUGUUGCGUUCAUCGGAUGAUAACUGUAAUUGCCGAAAGGCAGUUCAUUUAAGGAAUGGCAGUUGAGGUGUUAAUAUUCACCUAUGUUGUGAAUCCCAUGCCUUUGCUGCUACUGUUUUUUAUAUAAUAUUAGCAAAAUCUCCUAGUAUUUAAAUUACAUGAUAAUUAAGUAGCAAUACUAAGCAAUUCAUUCUGAUUCCAAAGAUAUUUUCUAGCAAGCUGAAUUAAUUAUAACAUUUUUACCAACUACACAUCACUGUACCAUGCUGUAAUUCCCAUGUACAUGAUGCUACUUACAAUUUCGUUUAAAUACAAAUAUCCAUAGUUUAUACUCUUGAAAAAACUAACCAUUUUACAGUGGUAAGUCAACAAGAGGAACCGUGCCCAUGUGGACAGACCAUACAACUGGGAAAACUAGUUGUUAUUACUCUCUACAGUGCUCUUAUCCAUCUUAUUUUUUGAAAAUGUAUGCAUAAUGUAAAUGUAUGCAUUAUAUAAUAGGAAACGACUUUUGUAAAAACUUGUUUCAAUAUUGUAUCUUUGUAAAGCCAUAUGCUUUUAUUUCUAAGUCUCCAGCUUUUGUUGUGUUUUGAUAUGUUAUGUAUGUUUGUUAUUCAUAUAGCUAGUGUUUCUUGUUAGCAUAUAUUUGACUUUAUUGAAUACAAAUUCUUGUAUCUUGUAUCAUUUAAAGGCACAAAAGCUGUGUUAUUAACAUAGUAAAAUGUCA